UAAGGGAUGAAGAUAGUGACCUACAACGUGAACGGGCUGCGGCCUAGGGUUUUGCAGUUCGGCUCUCUUCGUAGAUUUCUCGAUUCUCUCGACGCCGAUAUCAUUUGUUUUCAGGAAACGAAGCUGUUCUAGCAAGAAAUGAGAGCCGAUUUGGUGCAGGCGGAGGGUUACGAGUCAUUUUUCUCCUGCACCCGCACUUCCGAUAAAGGACGAACCGGAUAUUCAGGUGUGGCUACAUUUUGCCGUGUCAAGUCUGCAUUUUCGAGCAAUGAAGUAGCUCUGCCAGUUUCUGCAGAGGAGGGCUUCACUGGUGUUCUUAAGAUUUUGCCAGUGUUUGGGUCAAGGAAAACUGAAUAUCCAUCAAUAGUGGAAGGGCUUGAAGAUUUUUCCACUGAUGAGCUUCUGAACAUUGAUGGUGAAGGACGUUGUGUCGUAACUGACCAUGACCAUUUUGUUCUUUUCAAUGUGUACGGACCUAGAGCUGUACGCGAUGAUAGAGAGAGAAUCGAAUUUAAGCUCAAAUUUUUUAACAUACUACAGAAAAGGUGGGAAUCUCUUCUAGCUCAAGGACGAAGGAUAUUUGUUGUUGGGGAUCUCAACAUUGCUCCCUCUGCUAUAGACCGUUGUGAUGCUGGACCAGAUUUUGAGAAAAAUGAGUUUAGGACUUGGUUUAGAUCUUUACUGGUGAGAAAUGGAGGUUCCUUUUUUGACGUUUUCCGAGAAAAGCAUCCCGAGAGAAGAGAUGCCUAUACAUGUUGGGCAACAAAUUCUGGUGCGGAGGAGUUCAACUAUGGGUCACGUAUUGACCACAUUCUUUGUGCUGGGCCAUGCUUACAUAAAGAAGAAAAUGGAGGACAUAGUCUUGUGGCUUGUCAUGUUGAAGUGUGCGACAUAUUAAAGCAGUUCCAACGUUGGAAACCCGGUAAUACACCUAGGCAUAAAGACAUAAAGGCAAAAAAUGCCAAAUUGGAGGGCUCGGAUCACGUUCCUGUAUAUAUGUGCUUGGUGGAGAUUCCCAAUAUUCAGCAGCACAACACUCCUUCAUUGUCGACUAGAUAUUGUCGUCAGGUCUCUGGAUGUCAGCAGACGCUAGUUUCAAUGUUUCCGAGAAGGCAACCUGCUGAAGAAAUUAACUUAUCUGGAGGACCCAGUUCUGUUUCAGAUGAGAGUAUUGUUGUUAAAAGGUGCAGUCAACUAACUAAAAGACCCCUAGAUGAAUGUAGCCCACCUUCGUCUAACUUCAUUCAGAAAGAUGUAUUUUCUACAUUGGUCAACUGUUCUGAAGGCUCACAUAAAGAAUCAUCUCUUGAAUCACCUUGCUCUAAAAACGGCCGUGCAAAAACAUCUCCAUCUGUGGUUUGCAAGAAAAGAACAAGAGAAAGUCAGUCGUCUCAACUCUCUCUCAAAUCGUUUUUCCAGAAAAAAGUAGCUGUACACGGUGAUUCAAGCAAUUUUUCUGCUACUGAGAAGCAUACUGAAGCAGAUAUCUCCAUUCCUGAUUGUGGACCGCAUGAAACUUUAACUGAAGGUGGUGAACAUGAUUCCGCGGAGGAGCGGGAGUCAAAACCUAGUGCAUCAACACAAGAAGAUUCGUCUCAACCUUCAGAAAAAGAAAAGAAUAAUGUGGCCGUAGUUGAGUGGCAAAGGAUUCAGAAACUUAUGCACACUAGCAUACCUCUUUGCAAGGGCCACAAUGAAUCUUGUGUUUCUCGGGUAGUGAAGAAAUCUGGACCCAAUUCAGGGCGCCGAUUUUAUGUCUGUGCACGUGCAGAGGGACCUGCAUCUAAUCCUGAAGCAAACUGUGGUUUUUUCAAAUGGGCUACUGCAAAAUCAAAGAAAUAAAAGAUGAUUUUUAUGGGGAAUAAACCAUGAAGGUUCUGGUCGAUAGUUGAAAGUAUUUAAACAAUAAAGUGAUCCACUCCAUGUGAUCUUCUUGAACUGUUUCGCUGCUUCCAAGAAGGUAUCUAGUUCAUUUAACAUUUCAUCUUGUGUUAUGUUUUUUGUUUCGAUAUUGCACCACUUGAAACUGUUCAAGAACUAUGCACAUGUUACAUUACAUGGUUCUUACAAGAGAGUCCGUCUCGACUAAAUCGUUUCGUUUGUG